AUGGCGGGGAGCAGUGAAGGUGUCAUAUACUCGGCGACGUAUAGUGGAGUGCCCGUCUAUGAGUUCAAAAUUGAUAACGAAAGUUUGAUGAGGAGGAGGGCCGAUGAUUGGAUCAAUGCAACACAUAUCCUUAAAGUAGCAGGUUUUGAUAAACCUUCCAGAACACGAAUCCUUGAACGUGAGGUGCAGAAAGGUGUUCAUGAAAAGGUGCAGGGCGGUUAUGGAAAAUAUCAAGGAACGUGGAUCCCACUGCCAGAAGCUCGGCUACUUGCAGAGCGCAAUAAUAUUAUGGCUAAGAUACGACCCAUAUUGGACUACGUAGCUGGUGAGCAAAGUCCGCCACCGGCGCCGAAACACACGACUGCUUCUCGACCACGAGCGCCCCGAGGAUCAGCCGCAAACAAGCGAGUGACGGCAGCGCGCGAAGAUUCUUUUAGUAUGCGAACACCCCGUAUGAGUGUCCCUGGCUUUUCUCAAGAUCAAUAUGAAAUGCCACCGCCAACAUUCGAAGAAGAUGAGUCAAUGGAACAGAACACAUUAGAGUCAUCAUCCAUCGUGGCGGAGGAAGAUUUGAUCCCAAUGUCACAACAUUCAAAUCACUCCAGGAAACGAAAGCGUGGCAUGAAUGAGAUGAAUGUUAUGUCAACCAGUGAACAGGAACAUAUACUAUAUGGAGACCAGCUUUUGGACUACUUCAUGACAGUGGGCGACGCCCCGGAAGCUGCAAAAGUGCAACCUCCAGCACCCCCGGUCAAUUUCCAGGUAGAUCGUCCUAUUGACGAUCAAGGGAACACCGCAUUACAUUGGGCAGCUGCUAUGGGGGAUCUUGAAAUCGUACGGGAUCUCCUACGCCGGGGUGCCAAUGUGCAAGCAGUAUCCGUUCACGAGGAAACUCCACUUGUCCGUGCAGUCCUCUUUACCAACAACUAUGAGAAAAAGACCAUGCCUUCGCUUGUGAAUCUGCUUCAGGACAAUCUUACCUUCCGGGACUGGUUUGGGGCCACUGUCUUCCACCAUCUGGCUGAAACUACGCGCAGUAAAGGCAAGUGGAAGAGUGCUCGCUAUUAUUGCGAUGUUCUUCUGCAGAAACUUCGUGAUACAUUUCCUCAACAAGACCUGGAGAUGCUUCUUUCGUGUCAGGACUCGAAUGGUGACACUCCGGCAUUAGUCGCUGCUCGUAACGGUAAUUUCCGCUUGACCUCGCUUUUUAUCUUUCAUUGCAAACGUUCUGGUGACCUGGUCAAUGAAAAAGGCGAUACCGCUGUCGCUAUUAUGGAUCAAGCGAGUUCUCAACGUGUUAUUCCCCACGCACCUUCUAGUGUAACUUAUAUGAACGAACAACCCGAGGUUGAAAUACUUGAUGUUGUGGAUACCGAUAAAUCUUUGAAUCCCCCAUUGAAUUCAUCCCCUGUGACAUCAGUUCUGGCUGCCAAAAUUGCCGGGCUAAUGAAUGAGGCACAACGGAAGCUCAGCCAUGCUUACGGGAACGCCAAAGUUGGCCAGCAGAGUUCCGGAGACGCGACAAGCCCUCAGGACUUGUUUGAGCAAUUAGAGAAGGAUCGUCAAGCUAUACAGAAAGAGAAGCUCUUGUUGCUGUCUCAGGAAGAUGCAAAUGAAUCUUUUGAUUUACAAAUGGCUCGCUACAAGGAUGUUGAAGGCCGUUGCGCAUCACUCGUGGAACAAAUUCAUCAUAAACAGCUUUCCGGUCACUUGGCCACCAGGGCAUCUGUAGAUGAAGCUCCGUCGUCUUCGGGCAACGAACCUCCUGCCACCGAGGAAUUGCUACAGCGGUAUAAACUAGUACGCGAACUUAUGGCGAUACAAGAAGCCCGCCGAAAUGCAGUCCGAGACCUCAUACAACAAAAGGCUGAUGCAGGGGUCAGCACAAAACUUGACAUGCACCGCAAACUGGUUGCUCUGGCGACCGGCUUAAAAGAGGACGAACUCGAUCCCAUGUCAGCGGAGCUCGCAGAUACACUCGAGUUCGAGCGGAUUAAUGGGAGAACACCAGAUGAGCCACCGUCGGUACACCCAGGCUCUACGGUUCCUGUCGACGCUUGA